UGUGCGACGAGCAUGACACCAGCAGAACAACAUGCCCAUUCACGCGCGCGGCAGCCAGCGGCGGGGGAGUCAAAAACGUGACGCGGAGCGAACGUGUGGGAUCGCCCACCGACGCCAAACAGCCAGCUUUGGGAUGCGAUGGUAUGGCGGCAUGGCGACGGCGACGGCGGAAGAACGACGACGAUGUGGAAAAGCUGCUAGCACAGCAGCAAUUCACUUCACUUCACCGUACUGUCGACUCGAGUCGAGUCAAGUCAGUGUAGUGUCACUGUUGUUGCCGCCGUGCCGCGUCGAGUCGGCGGGUCGGGACCGACCGACCGACAGAAGGCUGGUCGCAGUCGGUUGCGAUCCGUGUUCCGUUCCGGUCGUGUUUUCUGGCUUCCUCUCGCUGGUCUCGCGGCUCUAGUGAUUGGUCGGUGUGGGAAGAACAGCAUAGCAGAGCACUUCCUGCCGCCCGCUAGACUUCGAUGGUUCGAUGGCGGUUGGAAGAAUAAUCACAGUGCGGUUUCCUUUGGGGACUUGGACGGAUGGCUUUCCCACAAGUUGUCCUGCUUUUCGUUUUAUCCACGCGUCCGAAGAAGUACAUUAGCAUAAUGUGAGUCCCUUAUGGAAGUUGAUUACGAGUUUUGAGAAUUUCGUCAUGUGCAAGAUUUCUGGGAAGUAUCGAAGGUUACGAUUUUGGGAAGAUAGGUGAAACGAACAAAAAAGUGUAUCAUAGUGUGAACAGCAAGCAGUACAGAAGGCAACAGUGAAUCACGGAGCUGCGAAAUAAAGCCGGACAGAAUGAAGCAACCAAUGUUUGAAUGGCCACAUUGCCGCGACCCGGAUAAAAAUGAAUGUGAAGCAUUACAACAGCAGAACGGUAUUAUUUCACAUACGUCAUCACGCAGAUAAAUGUAAUAUUGCUUAUGAAAUGUAAGUACCAAAAGGUAUAUUAUUUAACAACGUCUUAUCUAUCUAGGCAGACGCAGAGGCAUCUAAACGAGCUAAGCCAGACAAAUAAACAUGUCCAUAAAACCCCUUAACUUUCAGACCAGCUUUCAUGAAUCUGAAAGAUUCUUGAUUGCUGAAUCCUAAUCUGAUCUCAGAUUUGCUCAAGCAAGUUAAUAUUUUGAGACACAAGUUUUCAGCUACUAGGUUAAUGAAGCCAGAAAAAGACAGUGUACUACUUUCUGUAUGGAAUACACAGAAAUCCUUCAAUAUAUUGACGAAACGUAACACUACUAUGGCUUGGGUCUCUUCUCCUUGCGUGAUAUUUGGCGAUGAUAAAGUGGACCCUUUAACUGAAAUUAGUAGAGCGUUAAAUCGCCAUCGAUGAUUGUUUUCGUAUGUUUCGUCAGCAGGCCUUAAACGACUUGAUGUGUGCCAAUGGGUAUUGUAUUUUUGUUCUAUAUAAUUCAAUAAUGAAACUCAUUAUUUGCGUUUUACAUUUUUUCUCUGUAAAAUCUUUUUUAAUCUGCAGCCGGUUAAAAGCAUAUCUUUAUAAUUCUAUAAUCAGUCUAUAAUUCACACCCCAAACAAGCUCUGUGGCACUUCUAAGUUGGAUUUCACUGCUGGACAACUCAGCAAAAGCCAUUAGCCCCGUAACGUGGGUAGAUCACCUUAGAAUGGUGCGUUGCGGCGUAAGAUCUACCACCACAUCAAAUUUCGAUCUUGUUAAUGUUUUCAUGCCUAAAGUGGCCGAUCAGUGGUGAGCAGACAUUCCAGGAUCGAGAUUUGAUGUGCUUUUUUUAAUGUUUUGUUGCUAAUCCACAUUCUAUUUCAGGAGUAAUCAGGUAAAUGUUUUGUUUAUAAAUGCUUAUUAAUCAUGAUUAUGAUUGUUUUUCAAACAAAUUUAUAACAAAACAUACACCAUACACACUGACAUACAUUACAUAUACAUAUCUCAUCAUAUAUUGGGAAAGGGAGGGAUCAUCAGGGCACCCGAUUGAAACGAUUUGGACAGGAGCUUGGAACUGCCUUCUCCUUGUUGUUAACAUUUCGUGGAUUGAGGGCGGGCUCUUCGACCCCAUCUAUUGGGAGUAAUCUGUCAAUCGAGGGCUUGAUUUUGCAGUUGUUCGUGAGAACUUUCUUCUGGAAGGAGAUUCUUUUCCCCUGACGCGGGUUUCGCGCAAGUGUCUCUGCUUGCGGGUCCGCACAAUCCUUUUUGGCCCUUCAUACAGGAGAAUGACUGACCACUAACAACAGCACAAUCUUGAUCAAAUCGCUUUUCAGAUUAUUCCAGUGCUAUAGGCAGCUGCCUUGCUACAAUAGAUGGUAAAACAAUAUCAUAUCAUGGACAACUCAGCAAAAGCCAUUCAAUUAAGGCUCAAAUAACCAUCACUUAGUCAUCAGCAAUCAUCAAUUAUUCAAAAGCAGUUUUCUUCCUCUAAGUCACAAAACCGUCAUUGAAAAUUAUUUCACUGGUAUCCAGAUGGUGGCCAGAGUGCGAUGACAAAUUUUUAUUAACAUUGGUUGAGAUUUCAGCGAGAAAACUGCUCUUGAGUUUUUGAUAAACGAUUAUGAUUUGUAUCCUCUUAAUCAAAUCAAUAAUUAUUUCUUUUUUCCUCUCGGUAAAAUCUAAACAGCAAGUUUCUUCGUCUAGAGAGGAUGCAAGCACAUGUGUGCGUGUAUUUUCUGCAUUCGAAACAUCAUAUUUCAUAUUCUAAAGCUACCUCCAUUUCAAUUUCAAACUUAUGCUCAAUCGCACUUUGAAUACAUGAUUUGAUUUGGGUUUCGAACAAUUUCGCGGACUUUUCUAGUAAACGCCCAAAGUCAAGUCAUAUUUUUUACCCUCUCAUGUACCAGAGUAUCAUGCAGAAGGUUAAGUAUGACAAAUGUUCCAGAACUAAAAAUGCACUUCUUCCCAAAAUAAUUCACAAAUCGAAGAAAAUAAGAAUGUCCGAUUGUUUAUUUUGUCAAUUAUGACAAUUGGUCACGCUGGUUUUGUUCGUUUAUUCGUCAUUCUGGAGAAAAGUGCUUUUUCAGUUUUGGAUAAUAUGCGAUUCUCAUUUGAGCCUUAAGAGAGUACAUAUCAAUAGAUACGAAUUUGUACUACUAUCACAUAUUUAUGAGAGAGCAUGCCAUAUAUUGGCCAGUAAACACUAUGAAUAACAUGCUGUAAUUCUACUAAGAAAGAUUAGUUACUUGUACUACUGCAGAUGCCCCAAUACAAUACUAUUUUGUGUGGCGACAUCACUCCGAACUAUUUCAGUAUUGUUUGUGUUGAGUUUCGAAUUGCCCUGCAGUAUGCAUAGGUCAAACGUGCCUCAAACUAGAGUUAGAGAACUAAAGAAUGCUGUAGACGAAAACAAACCCAAUAAUAACUGCAGCAUGACAGUCCAUAAUACGGAGCCCGUACCGCAACAUCCAUACAUCGAGCUGCAACAACAAGUAGCGAAAUUAGAAAAAAUGCUAUAAAAAAACUCAUAAGACAACUUAUUAGACGCUUUUUUAUACAUAACACGCAAAAUUUUGGUCUGAAGCUCGCCAAUUUGGCUCGGACGCUCCCUGCAAUUUCUCGAAUUGCCGUUCCUACUCCCUUCAAUGCUCUCCUAAAUAAUCUGAAAGCCUCCUCAUACAAGCCAGCAAACGCAUUGGAUCCUCUAUGAAAUCUUCCCGAAACUCCGCAUGCAAUCAGUUAGAAAUCAUUCAAAAAAUGUCAGAUGGAUUCUCUGAAAGAGAAUCGGGGGAAAUAGCAAAAGAAAAUUCUGGAAGAAUCAAUGCAAGAAUUGCGGAAGGAAUCACUGAAGGAAUCCCUAAAAAUAGGAGAACUACCGAAAGGAAUCCCGGAAGAUAUCAAUGAACGAAUGCCAGAAUAAAUCUCUAAAGAAAUCCCGAGGAAAAGAUUCUUUGAAGAAAUUCUUGAAAGAGUCUCUGGAAAAAUUGCUGAAGGAAACCCAGGAAGAAUCAACGAAAUAAUACCGGGUGCAUUUAGUCAGUUAGUUUUUAUUUUUAAACAAAAAUUUAGAACGAGGGAAAGGCCCCUUUGAGUGAUUUCCUUUAUAACCGGGUGCAUUUAAUGACGGUAUCCUGGGAGUAAUUUCUGAAAUAAUUUUGAAAUUAAUCCGCUCGGAACGGAGGAGGAAGCUCGGAAUGAAUCUCCGAAAGACUCCCGGAAGAAAACACAGAAAUCCCGGCAGAAAUCCCUGAUUGUUAGAAGCCUAAAGCUCAAGAGGAGUUCGGUUGAAUGGAGGAAUCCCUAACGAAAUCCCAGCAGAGAUCUCUGAAAGAUUCCUGGAGGAAUCCCUGAAGUUACAUAACAACUUGUAGUUACCCGAGCAGGAACGCAUAACUGACACAACUGCAGCAUACCAAAAUCAGGUAUCAUACCAAAAUGAGGUAUUAGUCGGUUACCCAGGUAUUGAAAAUAACUCAUCUUGGUAUUUUAUAGGUAUUGAUAAAAUACCUCAACAAGUUAUUGGUUUGGUGUUGAGGACUACUUGAGAUAUUAUUCAGUUAUGGAAAAAUCACUAUUUGUAUGGAAAAAUCGCCGAUUAUUAUUUAGGUAUUGGCAUAUCUGAUGUCGUUAUUCACGUGUUAUGCACAGAAUACACACCAGUUAUUAUUUUAGGUAUUUUACCUCUUAUGCAGGGCUUCUUAAUAACUCUUUCAGGUUGUAGGUAUUCGGUUUUCCGUACCUGAGUUUGUUAUUCUUCAGCUAUUUUCUCCUGCUCGGGUAGAAGGCACAGAAUAUUGCUAAUUGACAAAUUGGGAGAUGAAUUUGUGAAAACAAUCGCAUUCUGGUGCGAUUCGAACCCACGACUCCGCAUUUGCUAGACCGGCGCUUUAAUCAACUAAGCCACAGAACAGGUAAUAAUUCUGCGGAAUAGAAAGCCAAACUGAACCCGAGCCCACACCAUAAACACUUCUUUUUACGCAAACCAUCUAACAAACCACAAACCAUUUUAACUCCAUUUUUUUGUAUGUUUAUGACAUACCAGCAAAUCUAGUAAAUGCCAGUAAAGGGCAACAUACAUCAAUGUACCCUAGCUGGCGUCGCAUCGACGCAGUUCGUCGCCAAGCGUGUGAUCGUGCCGAGCUCUCGACGCAUACUAAAUUAGACACCAUCAAAUAGACUGUUUGGUGGCUAGGCAUGUGGAGUUCGAGAGUAAGUCUCGGCUUGAUAUGAAAACAAUUUGAUCUCACUUGUAGUUGUUGGGCGCAAAUGCGGGUGUGAUGUGGAUUAGCAUCUGCACCGAAAGAGAGAUGGUUUGUGAAAAAAGGAGUUUUCAUGGUGUGGGCUCGGCUUCAGUUUGACUUUCUAUUCCGCAGAAUCAUUACCUGUUUUGUGGAUUAGUUGGUUAAAGCGCUGAUCUAGCGAAUACGGAGUCGUAGGUUCGAAUCCCACCAGCAUCGAGAUUUUUUUUUCACAAAAUCCUCUCUCAAUUUGUCAAUUACCCACAUUCUGUGCCUCCUAACUGCAACUUUUUCUUUAUGUUUAUGAUGAACCAGCAAAUCUGAUAAAUGCCAGUAAAGGGCAACAUACAUCAAUGAAUCCCUGAAGGAUUUGGGAGGAAUCCUUGGAAAAAAUCUGGAAUGAAUCUCUGGAGGAAUCUUUAAAGCAGUUCUGGGAGAAAUCAUUUAGGAACUCCCGGGAAAAACAAUGAAGGAGGCCCUAGAGAAAGACCGGACCGAAUUCCUAAAGGAACUCUGGAAUGAGCUCCUGAAGAAACCCGAAAGGAGUUCCUGAAGGAAACCCGAAAAAACCGAAAGGAAUCCCUGGAGAACAUUCUAACGCAAUCACGGGAAUAAUCCGUAAAAGAAUCUCAGAAGUGAGGAGUCUAGGAUAAAUGUGUAAACACACGUUCUGUGUAUAAUGUUAAGCGUGCAUAAAGCACCGUCGUCCGUUAAACGGAUACAAAUACAUUUAGACAUGUAAAAAGAGCGCAGGCAACGGUCUGCCGAGAAUUGAAAUAAAACGGAAACUUCAUUCCUUUCUGAAACCCGAACAGCUACAGUCCAGUUGAUUUCUCCCGUUCACGAAUUACCAAUUUCACAAGUUUUGAUCAGUCGCGUACAUCCACCUCGUUUCGACCGUAAAUCGAAACUCUUAUUUUAAAACCUUUUACGGACUUUACAGCUGGCGACGAGUGUAAAAAAAGUGUUAAGUGCCCGAAGUGAAGCCACCCGGCCAGGAACAAUUCGUGCAACAGCAGAACGCGGUUUUUCCCUCGAGCAGUUGGAGCAGACGCCAUUCCGACAGCAGUUUUAUUUGAUAGUCGGAGGACGCCAUCGUAGAGAAAUCGAUUGCUGGAAGAUCUUGUUGGAACGCGAGCAACAGCCAUUGGGACAGAUUCGGACAAAAUCCGGCAAAUCUAGCUGAUACGAGCUACUGGUUUCAUUCUGGUAGGGUAAGUUCUGUGCCAGAAGUUUAAGAAAAUCGCAUUCAGUGGAGUUGGCGCUUUGUGAAUUAAAAGGGCUUGGUUGAAACGCCAUUGUGUUCCGGAGAAUAGCACCCAGAGAAUUUUUUUUUUCUCAAUUGACAAAUAAUACAUAAAAGAAUUGAAAAGAAAGAGCAUAUAACAAUUACCUUGUCAUUUUCUUUUAUUAAAAGUGCUUUCUUUUCUUUUGAAUAGAUAGUGACUCCAGGAAUAAUUGACCAAGGGAAGCCGCCAUUAGGAUACGGUGCUGGCGGAAAAAUCUGCGGCUACUCAACGAUACAAUCGAGCUGGUUUGACUUUGGCCAAUCGCUUCGGUUCCUAUUGGUGACGGUUCCGGCGCAGGAAGAUCCAAACCUUACGUCAACUGACGGCUUGCGUGGUUGCCGAAGGGCGAAGACCGCGAGUUGCAAAACUCUAUCCCUUUCGCACACAAUCGGUGAGUCUAUUCAAUCCUUUUGUUUAUACGCAGGAAGCCCGUUAGUGCAUUUGUUAUAAAGCUGAUCUAUUAUAGAAAUAACUGGUAGUAUUUGCCAUUUGUGAUAUUUUUUUGUGUUUUUUUUUCAAUCCAAUAUGGCUCAAUCCAACAUAAGUAGCACAUUGGAGCCUUUUCGUAAAGGUAAUUCUUUCGGGGAUUGGGUUGAACGGUUGGGUUUCUUUUUCGAUAUGAACAAAAUACCAGAUGAAGAAAAACGGGCCCAUUUUGUUACGCUUGGAGGUCCUACAGUUUUCAGGGAACUUAAAUUACUUUUUCCAAAUACCAAUUUAGCGGAAGUUGCAUACCAGGAAAUGAUUGAUAAAUUAAAAGCACGAUUGGAUAAGACCGAAUCGGACUUAGUGCAAAGAUUAAAAUUUAAUUUGAGAGUUCAGCAACCGGACGAAUCUCUUGAAGAUUUCGUAUUGUCGGUUAAACUUCAAGCUGAAUUCUGUAAUUUUGAGAAUUUUAAAAAAAUGGCUAUUCGGGAUCGCAUUGUUGCUGGAAUCCGUGACAAAUCUCUUCAGCAAAGACUGUUAAAUGAAGAGAAGUUAACACUGGAGACAGCUGAAAAACUCAUUGCAACCUGGGAAAUUGCCAAAAAUAACGCAAAAAAUAUGGAGUGUAGCAGCAGUGCGGAUCAAAUAGCAUCCCUGAAAGCUUCGGGGUUUCCUGGGGCAAGACUUAACAAAUUGGCGGCCACUUUCGAGUUGGCAGGUGGCGCGAAUGCUAAUGCAGGAGUGGAAGGAACUCGAGGACCGGUUAAAAGCAGAUUAGGCUAUUCUCCUUAUCGAAAAAACGAAUGGAAACAAAAGCCAUGGCAAAACAGACAAUGGCGGAAUCGUGGUCAGGAUCAGGAAAGGAAUCGUCAGGUGAAUCGUCCCGAUUACUCACAAAUAACUUGCGAUUUUUGUGGCGUCAAAGGCCACAUAAAACGCAAGUGUUUUAAAUUGAAGAAUAUGCACCGUGACGCAGUACACAUGGUCCAUAAUACAUCUGAAGAUAACCCGGACGAUUUUUUGAGCAAUAUGGUGAACAGGAUGCACACGGAUUCCGAUAGUGAUAAUGAUGCAGAUGGUGGAAAUUGGAAGCGUGCCAACCAUGGCGCACAGAGGUCAGCUUCGAAUUCGUAAGGGUGGCGAAUUCCAGGAAAAACCCAACAUACAGCUAGUCCGGCGACGACCGGACAGAGGGCCGAGGCUGAAGAACGUAGAUCAAGAGGGGUUUCGUGGCUUUACCGAUGAUGAACUAAGACGAGGCAGGAAGAGGAGUUUCCCUGUUGAAGUACCAACCAUUGAACCAAUCGAAUCACCGGAAUUCAUUCCACGGCGGUCAAAAAGGCUAAGAAGAGCCAAUCAGAACAGUGAAUACGUUUAUCUUUAAUUAUUCAUAGCUUUUGAUUUCGAGUCACAAGUUGUCAUUACUAUUGUUUUUUUUUAUUGUUUUUAAGUUUUUUUUGUCAGUAUAGUAAUUUUAAAUAAUGUAUUGAAUUCGAAGAAAUGAAUUGGUUAAAGCUUUAGCAUAUAGACACUUUCAGUGUAUGUUCUUUUGAAAGGGGAAGGACUGAGGAGUCUAGGAUAAAUGUGUAAACACACGUUCUGUGUAUAAUGUUAAGCGUGCAUAAAGCACCGUCGUCCGUUAAACGGAUACAAAUACAUUUAGACAUGUAAAAAGAGCGCAGGCAACGGUCUGCCGAGAAUUGAAAUAAAACGGAAACUUCAUUCCUUUCUGAAACCCGAACAGCUACAGUCCAGUUGAUUUCUCCCGUUCACGAAUUACCAAUUUCACAAGUUUUGAUCAGUCGCGUACAUCCACCUCGUUUCGACCGUAAAUCGAAACUCUUAUUUUAAAACCUUUUACGGACUUUACAAGAAGAAAUCUCUAGCAAAAAAUAUCCAGGAGAAAAACCUAAAGAAUUUGUAGGAAAAAUUUCGGGAGGAAUGCUUGACAGGAUCCUAAAGGAAUCCCAGGAGACGUCUCUGAAGAAACCCCGGAAUGAUUAAUGCAGAAAUCCAGGAAAGAAUCCCGAAAAGAAUUCUGGGGGAAAUCACUGGAGUGAAAAUGCCGAAAGAAUUCCUGAAGAAAUUCAGGAGGAAAUUAGAGAAAAAUUAGAAGGAAUCCCUUAAUGAUUCUCGGUAAGAAUAUCUGAGAAAGGACGGAAAGAGUCCCGGAAAUAGUAAGGAAUUCCUGGAAGGUUUUUGGGAGAAAUCAACGGAGAGAUGUCGAAAGGAAUUUUGGGAGAAACCUCUUAAGGAAUCCUGGGAAUAAUCCUUGAAAGAAUAUUUGUAUAAAUAUCUUGAGGGAAACCCCUAAAGGAGAUUCAGAAAAAGAAGUUCCGAGAGGUAUUGUCGAAGAAAUUCUGGGAGAACUUCCUAAAAGGUUUCCUGAAGGAAUCCCGGGAAAACAAUGAAUGAAUCACUGGUUGAGUGCCGGGAAAUAUCCCUGAAGGAAUCUCAGGAGACACCUCUAAAGGAAACCCGGAAGGAAUACAUAACGGAAAUUUGGGGAGAAAUCCUGGAGGAAUUAUUGACACACAACUCGAGGAAUCCCUAAAGCAAACCCAGGAUGGAGGAGGAAUCUCGAAAGGAAUAUCGGGGGAAUCGCGGAAGGAUUCCUGAAUAAAAAGUCAGAAUAAAUACCCUAAAGAAUUCCGGACGGAAAUCAGUGACGAAAUCCCGGAAGGAAAGAAUCCCGUGUGGUAUCCCUAAAAGAAUGCUGAAGGAGUCCCUGAAAAAAUCUCGGAGGAAAUACCUUUAGAAAUACCGGGAAGAGCUUCUGCAAGAAUUCUGGGAGCGGUUGAAACUUCUUCGAAACCUUCCCGAAACUCCGCAUAGCUUCACUUACAUAUUUUCCAGCCAUUCAGCUUCCUCAACCUUCUUUGUGCAUUGGCUGACGCUCAUCACGCUGGCGUAGUGCAUGCUCAGCGUGGCUGAGCAAUACACGACUAGAGUUAAACUUUUCUGCAACACAGAAAAAAUACAAAAACUUGUGCACCCCCCCGACUCUUCAUCUUAAUGAAUGUUUGGGUGUAUGGGUGAAACGCAUUGUCGAUUAUCACAUCUGUGAUGUUCGUCUGGCUAACAUGCCUGUUCAUGUGAACUCACAUGUCUCCCAAUUUGGGAUGUCCACAGUGACUCUUUUACACAAAGUUGUAUACGUUUUCAAGAAAGCACUCGCUCAAACGUAGUUUUUGCUUGGGUGAUUUCUUGAAUAUUGAGGAUGCUUUUGAUGACGUGCUUUUCAAUGUCAUAUUGAAAGUCGUAUGACGUCGCAAGCUACAGGGUGCGGCAGGAAAAAAUGCGAAAAGUUCAAGGCACUAUAACACGCUAAAUAUGGGUGUAUCAGUCAAUGUCUACAUUCUAGCACUGAAAAAUAAAAAUGAACAUAUUUGAUGUUUAACAUGUGAUAAUGUAGGGCUAAUAAGCGGAUAUCAAUAAACUGCGCGCCCAAUGCCACUAAGGGCCAGAAUCGCAAUCUAGCGGAACAAAAUUAAUUACUCCAAAACGAAGCAUUUCCGGCACAUGGUACCUUCCACAAAGUUGCUUGACAUCAGCAGGGGCAUCUAUUGCUAAGAACGUAGUAGUUCGCAACUCCUCCGCAUAGGUGGCGCCACUAUCUAACUUCUUUGUUUUACGUCCUAGAGACUUGGCGUCUUCGGCAAAGUUGUUCAUUUUGGCAAAAUAAACAACUCUUUCUCAGACGUCAAAAUUCCACAGCCUACUGUUUUCGAGUUAUUUUAAAAAUAAAA